CAUUCAAUUAUAUUCUAUAUUCAGCUUGCUGGAAAACAUGUCCUCAACUGCUCUCACCCUCCUGCUGGCCAUACUUUGUAUCACUGCUGGACUUCCUGUGGCUAGGGCCGCUGAAAGUGACUUUUUCAAAGAUUUUGUGGAUCAAUUUCCGAAUUUAAUGAGUCUGGAUGUCCUGCCUUACAAAAGUGGGGGUGCAGACUAUUGCAAAUCAGGAUACGGUGUCACAUGCGAUGGCAGUAAUAAGGUAUCAGUUUUUGGAUUUUAUGAUGUAGAUAUGAGUGGGGGUGGUUCUCUGCCCAGUACCAUUUCGGAACUCAAAUCGGCAAGAGAAAUAUCCAUUAUUGGUUGUGCCAUGAAAAUCGACCUGAAUCACUUCACUAGUUUGAGCAAUCUUGAGAUUUUGCGACUUUAUGGUAAUCAGAUCUCGGGCGCUAUCCCCUCACUCCCCGACUCCAUUAUACGUCUGUACGUCCUUCCCAUACUCUAUUUUCCAUUUCUUCAAGUUGUUUUCGAGCUGACCCUUUCUUCUAGGGGACUUGGUGCCAAUCAGCUCAGCGAACUUCCUACGAAGUUCCCGUCAAGUCUCGUCGUAUUGUCUCUCGAAAACAACAAGUUCUCAUCGAACUUAGAAAAUUCGAAUGAUCUGUUCAAACUGAGCUCCCUGGAAGAUUUACAUCUUGGUGACAAUCAAUUUACAGGCACUUUUCCUUCUUCUAUCCUGUCUUCGAGCACAAUAAAAAUUCUGUCAGCACAUCACAACAAAUUGUCAGGAAAUCUGCCAAAUUUCACUGGAAUAAGUAACUUGUAUAAACUCGAUGUCUCCAACAAUCAGUUCGAGGGAAGCAUCCCCAGUGACCUUUUGACUAAGUCAAGCAUUCUUUAUCUCUCCCUGAAGGGCAACAAAUUGAGCGGUAAUAUUCCAACGAUGACUAUUGGAUCUAUAAUGUAUCUAGAUAUUUCAGAUAACAACCUUAGUGGAGAAAUUCCCACCGUCAACUCACCUAGACUUCUAGUCCUGAAAGCGAGCAACAACCCUCUCACUGGAACUCUUUCCGAGGACACAUUUAAGAACACUCAGUUAGGAGAUGGUGAAUGUAUAUUGUCAGGGACUCAACUCAGCGGAUCGAGCAGUGUGUGCUCGACUAGCGGCGGGCCAGAGCCAUCACCUAGUCCCACUCCUACUCCAGAGCCAGAGCCGGAGCCAUCACCUAGCCCCACUCCUACUCCAGAGCCAUCACCUAGCCCCACUCCUACUCCAGAGCCAGCGCCUAACCCCACUCCUACUCCAGAGCCAUCACCUAGCCCCACUCCUACUCCAGAGCCAGAGCCGGAGCCAUCACCUAGCCCCACUCCCACUCCAGAGCCAUCACCUAGCCCCACUCCCACUCCAGAGCCUUCACCUAACCCCACUCCCACUCCAGAGCCAUCACCUAGCCCCACUCCCACUCCAGAGCCUUCACCUAACCCCACUCCUACUCCAGAGCCAUCACCUAGCCCCACUCCUACUCCAGAGCCAUCACCUAGCCCCACUCCUACUCCAGAGCCUUCACCUAGCCCCACUCCUACUCCAGAGCCUUCACCUAGCCCCACUCCUACUCCAGAGCCUUCACCUAGCCCCACUCCUACUCCAGAGCCUUCACCUAGCCCCACUCCUACUCCAGAGCCUUCACCUAGCCCCACUCCUACUCCAGAGCCUUCAUCUACAUCACCUUCCGACAUUGGGCUACUACUCACAGCGCCUCACUCCGUUCUUCUCAGGCUGUUCACUUAUGCCUCUGUCUUAGCGCUUGUUCAUUUCUUAGUCUAAUUGUGGCUGAAAAGAAAGGCUCAAGAGUGAGCAUGGGAGCGUGGCAUUCGUCUGAGGUGAUAUAUAAUGAACUGAAAACUUGCCACUGGAAGAGAGGAGGUCGCUGGCUUUUAGUUUAUGUGUGAAAACAACAACCAGUUGGCUCUCCUCUCCUUUGGUUUAUUUGAUUUAUAGGAACGCACAGUUGUACACCUCUCUAGUAUUGUAUGCUUGAUUCAUGUGUGCUACUCUGCGCUCCGGACGCAUUUGUUAUGAACAAUGUAUGUUACUUUAACGCCACAGCUUA